GUUGCCUCUAAAAAGGGCUGGAAGCUUAGGACAUUCUUGCUGUCCUAGAGUGGAGGAGGUCUGGGAGAUCUUGGAGGAGAAGGGGAGGUCGGGCAGGCGGGGGGGCGUGUGUUCCUCCGGAGUUUUCUUUUUCUCGCUAGCCCUUGCACGCGCACGCGCGCGCACAGAAGUCAUCCCUGUGGACUGGCGAUUGUGGACUGGAGGUGGAGAGGCUCCAUCCCAGCUGGUGGCCGGAGGCUGGCUGCCUGGGAGACCUCCCCACCGAAGCGGUUCCCAGGAAGUUUUGCAAAGUAGAUGCAACAGUGCAGCCGGGGCCGCCGCCGUGCAGGAGCCCGGGACCCACGCCACCCACGCUACCCACUCUCGCCGGCUCCGCUUCCUCUGGUCCAGGCGCCGUGCGCGGACCAGGCAACCGUCUGCGCCCGCCUAGCUCCACGGCAGAAAAAAAAGUGAGUGUGUGAAAGCAGCACAAUAAGAGGCAUUUCCUCAGAUUUGCAUCAAGAUGGAAACGUUUUGCUUCAGGGUGUCCUUUUGGGUGGCGCUGGUUGGAUGUGUGAUUAGCGGUCAUUCUGAGAGCUACAAUGCAAAUCUGAGCACUCAUGCGGAAGAUGUUACCACUUUUCACGGGACAGAGCUCAGCUUCCCGGUGACCACGCAUCGACCCUCCAAGCUGGCCCUACCCAGCAAUGGCUCGAUGCCCAACUACUGCCCACAGCAGACGAAGAUUACUUCAGCUUUCAAGUACAUUACCACCGUGAUAUCUUGUACUAUUUUCAUCGUGGGAAUGGUGGGGAAUGCAACUCUGCUCAGGAUCAUUUACCAGAACAAGUGUAUGAGGAAUGGCCCCAACGCGCUGAUAGCCAGCCUCGCCCUCGGAGACCUUAUCUAUGUGGUCAUUGAUCUCCCCAUCAAUGUAUUUAAGGUAGGAAGUCGCCACAACUAUUAUUUACAGGUUUGAACCUGUGCUCUGAUUCCACAGUAAGAGAGUUGCUGCAGACUCUUCUGACCUGAAUUUUAUAAUCUAUUCCUUACUGAGAGCAGUUUCUGCAAUCUUACAGCUAGCGGCAUUUUAAAUUUUUAUUGUUCGUUAAAUGUUACACUUCUUUUCUAACUUAAUUGUUAACCAAAUAGUAUUCUGGGAAUGACUCUUCAAAGGUGUCUUUCAUGCACGGGAUUCUUUUGCCAUCCCUGAGCUUGCUGAGUAGCUGGGCAAUCCCGGGGAGAUCACUUGAUUUUUCUGAGACUCGAUUUUCAGAGAGAGACCUAUUGGGCCCCAAAAGUACUUAAAAUAAAUGCAUUCAGUUGCAUUUACCUUUCUAACGUGAUGCUGUUCAGAAGCCCGAUAUCCACAGUGUGGCUUGAAAGGAAAAGCGCCUAUUUCACUCCGGCAGCCUAGAUUCAUGGGUGGAGCCACAGCACAUGCAGGCUUUCCCCUGGUGCCUGAGCGCCUGAGAGAUAGCGGGCCCACGUGACUGCGGGCCGGGGUGGGCCUCAGUGAGCAGAAUCACCGAAACCAUUCACAGCAGGCAUCCGCGCACGGUUGCCGCCUCUGCUGCUCCAGUUUACAUUUAGAGAGUGCCCACUGUGUGUCGUCCCCCCCACCAAGCCGGGCAAUAGGGUCCAAAAAGGCAAAUUAAACAAAGUUAGUGCCUGAGUGAGAGAGGGAGAUAACUUAUUCACUGUUGCUGUGGUCUCCUUGUUUCCAGGGCUAUUUAGCACCAAAACGAACUGCAGCCAGAAGGAAUUGGGGGAGUCCAUAUUUGGUCUUGUGAUCGUGAGGGGAAAUUGCUGCAAGAAUUCAAAUGAACCAAAAUUCAAAUAAAACUGUGAUCCAUGCCAGAUACUACAGCAUGUCUUCAUUCUAAGCCCAGGAAAAGCACUUUCCUCAGCCUUGAGUUCUUCUUCUAUUUACUAUCCAUGCAAAUGAAACUAUUCUGCACAAUCCUAUUUUGAAAUAGGACUUUAAAUGGCAAGUGUUGUCAAUUGAAGGCAUAGCUUUUAAGGAGAACAGUAGCCUUUUGGUUUCCAACAGAUACACUUAAACAGUGGCAAAUUAUCCUAGAGUACCAGAAAAAUCAGUGGUCAGACAGUAAAGAUGUAAGCAAUGGUCACAAUUUUCAAAACUACAAAUAAAAAAAAACAUUGCAAAUUA